GUCAUUCAACAGAAGUCGCCAUCUUAGAAUGUAGUAGUGUUGGUGGUACAGCUGACCUGUCAUUGCACAGUUGAAAUUGGUGGUGAUUAGUAGAGAACAGGGGAUUGUAGGCCCCGCUGUGCUCAUAUAGAUCUACUGUUAUCGUGACAGUGAAGAUGGCAGGACAGACGAUAAACGACAGGCUACUUGCUGCAAGACAUAGUUUAGCCGGUCAGGGCCUGGCUAAAUCUGUUUGCAAGGCAACCACAGAGGAGAUGAUCGGCCCAAAAAAGAAGCACUUGGACUAUCUGAUACAUUGUACAAAUGAACCAAAUGUCUCAAUACCACAGCUAGCUAAUCUGCUGAUAGAACGAUCACAGAAUACAAAUUGGGUUGUUGUGUUCAAGGCUCUGAUUACAGUACAUCAUAUGAUGUGCUAUGGUAAUGAGCGUUUCACACAGUAUUUGGCUUCAAGCAACAGUACCUUCCAGUUAAGCAAUUUCUUAGAUAAAUCAGGGGUCCAAGGUUAUGACAUGUCUCCAUUUAUUAGGAGAUACGCCAAGUACCUGAAUGAAAAAGCGCUCUCAUACAGAACUGUUGCAUUUGAUUUUUGUAAAGUAAAACGUGGGAAAGAUGAUGGAACAUUAAGAACAAUGAGUGCAGAGAAACUACUCAAAACCUUGCCAGUGCUACAGAGCCAACUUGAUGCAUUGUUGGAAUUUGAUUGUACAGCAAAUGACUUAACUAAUGGUGUCAUUAACAUGGCAUUUAUGCUACUCUUCAGAGAUCUGAUUAGGUUAUUUGCUUGUUACAAUGAUGGCAUAAUAAACCUGCUAGAAAAAUAUUUUGAUAUGAAUAAGAAGCAGUGCAGAGAUGCUCUGGAUUUGUACAAGAAAUUUCUCAUUAGAAUGGACAGAGUAGCAGAAUUUCUUAAAGUUGCAGAGAAUGUUGGUAUAGACAAAGGAGACAUACCAGACUUGACAAAGGCUCCCAGUAGUCUUUUGGAUGCUCUGGAACAGCAUUUAGCAUCACUGGAAGGCAAGAAGGGCUCUGCAGCAAACACACCUACACAGACUGCAAGUAAUCGCACCAAUGUUAAGUCAGGAGUUUCUGCACUUUCCUCAACCAGUACAGCAUUUGGGACAGCAGCUGCCAAUGCAAGGCUAGACUCCCAUACCAAUGGUAUUGAUGAGUCACUUAAACAGCAAGUAUUGGCAGAAGAAGAAGCUGCUAUGAAUCAGUACAAGGCAAAAGUUUCGUCCCCAACUAGUGGCAGUCAGAGUACCAAUCCAUUCUUAAGCUCUCCUACAUCAGCUACACCUGUAACAACUGCUGCAACAUCACAGCCAAUUGUUGAUUUGUUUGGUUCCCCAACAUCAGGUCCAGAAUCUUCACAGCAAAUCGUAAAGGCAUCAGAUGACCUUCUGCAGUUGAGUGGAAAUCCAUUUGCAGACAUAUUCUCAGCAACACCACAGCCAGUGUCUGUUCCAGCUGGGAAGACUUCAACGGACAUUUGGUUAUCAAAUGGUUUCAAGCCUACACCAGUUUCCAGCACAAACGCAUUUGUUUCUGACCAGAACUUCACAUCAGUUUUUGGAGGUGGUGAGGCAACAGCUGCGACUGCCGGGACGGCUGCACCGAAUCCCUUCAUGUCCGACUUUAGCCCGGCUCGUGGAAGCCACCAGGAAACCACCUCCUCAGCCAUGGCCACUGGGUUGGGGAUAUUUGACGAGCAAACAAAAGGGGGGGAUAGUGGGAAUGAUCUUUUUGGGAAAGAUUUUGGAGGCGGUCGAGACACUGGCUUAUUCACAGGGGGUGAGGGACUCUUGCAACCCACAGAGGUAUCAGGUUUAGAGGAAAAAAAGGUCAGAGAGGAACAGUCAGUGUCUGAUAAUAGCAUUACAGAGGGAUCUGCCCAGAUGGCUGCGAAAGUGGCAUCACCUCCACCUCCCCGUCCUCCUCCUCCUGCUACAAGUGGAACACCAAGGACGGACUCUCCUGUGCAUGCUGGAGGCUCUCCUAGCAGACCUGCUCCUGCCAAUAUUCCAUCAAAGAGUGCUUUUGAGGACCUCAAUGAAAGUAUUCGCGCUGCUCUGGGUGGCUCACCUACGCGACCUCCACCCUCUGUGGGGUCAGUCACGACAUCUGUGCCUGCAUCGUAUCCUGCGCAGCCUAUGUAUGGUGGGUUCGAUAUGGGGAUAAUGGCCGGAGGAGGAGGAGGUGGAGGUGUGGCGUUUGGCCAGACACCUGCUGGUGCUCCUAUGGGCUACGGCUCACCAGCCAAACAAGGAAUGGGCAUGACAGGUUUUGAUGGCUUGGGCGAUGUGUUGCUACCAUCUCAGCAACACAGUGGUGGUCCUGGUCCCGUUUCAGCAGUCCCAGGCCUAGCUGCCACUGCUGCAAGCUCUGUACCUGCAGACAGCAGCAGUAAGGUGCUCACUGGAGACUUGGAUAGCAGCCUUGCUUCUCUGGCACAGAACUUAACUAUCAACAAGGGCAGCACUCAGACUGUGAAGGGUGUUCAGUGGAACUCUCCCAAAAACGCUGCAAAACCAGGAGCUACUGGUUGGUCCCCACAACCGAUGGCUGCAACGACUGGCGCUGGGUAUCGACCUAUGGGGCCCGGAAUGUCCAGUAUGCCAUUUCAAGCAUUAUCACCUGUGAAUUUGCAGGGCAUACGACCAGUAGGUGCUGUCCCUAUUAUGGGUAAUCCUGGCAUGAUUGGAGGUGGUGCUACCAUGAUGGGGAGCCCUCGAAUUGGGGGACCGGCACCUGGUAUGAUGGCUGCAACACCUGCACCCACUUUGAAUGCACAGCAAGCACAACAGCAAGCCCAACAAGGGACACAACUUGAUCCUUUUGGAGCUUUGUAGGGAUGUAAAUAAAGCUCUCAACAAACUUAGACCCCUCAAAUUAAUGUGCUGAAGUUCCAAUAGUUUCAUGUGGAUCUGAAUAAUUCGUUGGUGACUUCCAGUGAUAUGGUUCUAGCACAGUAUGCAUGGAUACUGAUGACAUUAAAGGCUGUGGUGUACAAUGAGUUAAGAUUUUUGUUUACAAGGCCCUUGUGCUUAUGACUUAGUUCUGAAGAAACAUUGUUUGUGAAGGGUAGAUCUGGUUGCAGUGAGUGUAAGGUGUACAAUCUCAAAUUGUCACAUACAGAGGUAAAGGAAACUGUUGGUUAUGUUGUUAAAUUUGGUAUAUUAUUCCACUGCUUUUUACAACCAAAGAGUAUUAAAGUAAUUUGGAAUUGUUUGUCAGACCAAUAAAAUCAAAAUUUGUUGGAUGUUUAGUAUUCACAAGGAAAGUUAAAUUUGUAUGUUAGGUUUGUAUUAAUUGUUGCUCAUCUUGCCCUCCUCCAACUGAACACAAUAGAGUGGACACUUAUAGUAAUUGAUAUUUGGUAAUUGAAAGUGUACUGUUGGAGCAGUUUGAGCAGAGUUUAGUUCCCUCAUUAGGUUAAUAUUGAUAUAUAUUAAAUGUUGAGGUCCUGCUCAUUGUUCUGUUUUGCAUUCCAUAAGUGGAGCAAAGGCUAAGUUAUAAUCUGAAUGUUUGCAUUGUGAUUGUGCAAAACUGUUGUACAGGUGUUAAUAAGACUUUUGCUUUCUAUUUGUAAACUUCCUAGGUAUAGUAUCAAAUUAACUUCACUGUACAGUAAUUAUAAUGGAGAUAGCUACUGGUGCAAGUAUUAAAUUAACAUCUUGUAACUUACUCUGAAGUAUGUGACAGUAAUGAAGUGUAGAGAUUGAUUUCAGUGUACUCAUUUUGAGUAAAUAUUUGUUUCUAGUGAGUAGUUGACACAUCCUGUAUUCAUUGCAUGACAUGGCAGGUUUAAAUUAUGUUGGUAAUUGUAACUACAAGAGGAAAAAAUUUCAUGUGGAUUGCAACAAGUUUCACUGUUUAUUUUUGACAGUAUAGAUUCAAAUUACUAAUCUUAUUUAGAUAAUUACAGUUAAUUGAACGUACAUUAAUUUUCUGUAAAAACUGAAGACGUUUAAACAGCAGCAGUGCAAGUAAACUAAAAUGUUUUGCAAGCAUGUUUUAACACCAUGGUUUGUGUGUGUUAAAUAGAUCUGUUUCCUGUACUUACAAAAUUGAAAGUGAGUCUGUUGGAUUUAAAGUGAAUCGAAUAUUCAUUGUUGAUUAUGAAUGGGAAUGAAUGAAAUAGAAGAUAGUGCUCCAGUAGAAAGCACUGUAAGAUAAGUGUAUCGAAAUUUAUCUUAAAGGAAACUGUAUAUAAGAUAUAUUAUGUGUGUUAAAUGUUUAACAGCAUUUAUGUUCCCCAAUACUGUACAUGUGUAUUGUAUUAAGAUUGAUGUUGAUAAAUGUAUAUCUAUAUAUAAACUUCAUUCAGUCCUGUAGAUGUACUCAGUAAAGAAGAGGAUGCGUGUUUCUCAACUUCGUCUUCCUUGGUGAACCUCGAUAGUGCUUCUUUCUGACCCAUCAUUCCUCCCAGUAGACUAGAAUCCAUAAAAUUUUUAGAAAAUGUUUCCCAGUUUUGCAGUUACUUUUAAUUUUUAUAUGUGUACGUUAGUAAUGAUUUUGUUGACCACAACAAGCACGUGUUCCACAUUCUCUCUAAGCUGGACUGCAGUUUCCUUGUGUAGAAAGGAACACUGAAAACUCAUUCACAUAUUUCUAGCAUAUGUAAGUCAUUGCUGUGUGUAUGAAAAAGAAUAUGUGUGUAAUCUUAUUGAAGCAUUGUAAUGUGUCCAAUGUUAACAUAGCACUAACAGUGUAAUUUUGUCACAGAAAUGCUUUAAGUGUUCUAAGGUAUAUACUGGCUGUAAGUUUGCUGAAUAUUCAUUUGUAACAGGGCACAUUUGCCUGCAGUGUUAGUUACCCAUCACGUGUGUGUGUGUGUGUGUGUGUGUGUGUGUGUGUGUGUGUGUGUGUGUGUGUGUGUGUGUGUGUGUGUGUACGCGCACAUAGUUGCACGUAAGUCUUCAUGUGCAUGACAGGCAGAUAUUAAAUGUUGAUUGUAACAAGACAAUAUUAUGGUAUAAGUGUUGCAGUGGUCUAUACUGUAGAAACUUACUUAAAAUUCCGUAAAGAGUUUUUUAUGUAAUGUUUCUAGACUGAGAAUGAAUAUUUUCCUUAUCUGUCAAAGCUUAAUAUUGUACAGUAGCCAUUGCCAUUUGCACGCCUCAUUAAAUUCAAACAAAACAUACAUACAGGAAAUGAUGUAGGAGAUGUUAGACAAAAUAUAGAUAAAAAUAUGCUGUUGUUCAAUGAACUAUUGAAGUAUACUGUAGUAAACAUGUCAAGAGAUAUAAUAUAUGUUUUCAGUGUGAAUCUACCAGAACUUCGUUUUUAUUUAAGUUCAUAGAAGUCUUUAAUUUCCUGAAUUUUCAUCCUAUUUGUAUGUGUGUGAAUUCAGUCCUAGAUGGUUUAUUCACAUAAUUGAUGUUCAUAUCAUUGUAGGAAAGCAAGGCAGAGACUUAUGCUGAGGUGCAGUACAAAUCACCUCAGAUUAAACCACAUUUUAUCAAGUUUCAGUUUAGACUAUGUAUGGAAUAAAGAUGUUACCUGUUGGAGCUAAA